AUGGGGUGCGGUGCGAGCAAAGAAGAUACCGCCGGCAAGGCAAGGAACGAUGAGAUCGAAAAUCAACUCAAGAGAGACAAGAUCGCCCAGCGCAAUGAGAUCAAGAUGCUCCUGCUUGGCGCUGGAGAAUCGGGAAAGUCUACAAUUCUCAAACAGAUGAAGCUCAUUCAUGAGGGCGGUUACUCGCGAGACGAACGGGAAUCGUUCAAAGAAAUCAUCUUCUCCAACACAGUGCAGUCCAUGCGCGUCAUCCUCGAGGCCAUGGAAUCCCUCGAGCUGCCUCUCGACGAUCCGCGAGCGGAAUACCACGUCCAGACGAUCUUUAUGCAGCCUCCGCAAAUUGAAGGGGAUAGCUUACCUCCCGAGGUUGGAGCUGCAAUUAAGGCUUUGUGGAAUGACGCCGGGGUUCAAGAAUGUUUCAAGCGGUCAAGGGAAUACCAGUUGAACGAUUCUGCAAAAUACUAUUUCGAUUCAAUCGAUCGUAUUGCGGCCCACGAUUACCUACCCAACGACCAGGAUGUUCUGCGAUCUCGAGUCAAGACAACCGGUAUCACCGAGACGACCUUUAUCAUCCAAGAUCUGACUUACCGGAUGUUUGAUGUUGGUGGUCAACGGUCUGAACGGAAGAAGUGGAUUCAUUGCUUUGAGAACGUCACGACGAUUCUUUUCCUGGUCGCCAUCUCUGAGUACGACCAGUUACUCUUCGAAGACGAGACCGUCAACCGGAUGCAAGAAGCGCUCACCCUUUUCGACAGCAUUUGCAACUCAAGGUGGUUUAUUAAGACCAGCAUUAUCUUGUUCUUGAACAAGAUUGACCGCUUCAAGGAGAAGCUUCCCGUCAGCCCGAUGCAAAACUACUUCCCGGAUUACGAAGGUGGACCCGACUAUGCCGCUGCCUGUGAUUACAUCCUGAAUCGAUUUGUAUCACUCAACCAAGCCGAGACCAAACAAAUCUACACCCACUUUACUUGUGCCACCGACACCACACAGAUAAGAUUCGUGAUGAGCGCGGUCAACGAUAUCAUCAUCCAGGAAAACUUGCGGAUGUGCGGCCUUAUAUGA